AUGUCGGAGGAGGCGAAGUACGUGGAGACGGCGCGGGCCGACCGCUACUUGUGGCUCAUGAAGAGUGCCCCACCGUCGUCUCCCGCGCCUGGCAGGAGGCCGCGGCGGCGGCGCAAGGCCCAGACGCCGGAGAUCAAGAUGGAGAUGACACAAGAGUGCAGCGGCAAUACACCAAAGAGUUACUCUCUGAAUAUGUACAGCGAUUUUGUGCCAAGCAUUUUUUCCGAGUCUAACCAAGGGAAACUUGCUUGUGAAGGGAAAGUUGAAAACAAAUUUGACAUUAAGCCGCACAGGGAAAAUCUUAUGGACUAUGGAAAGUUAUGCCGUGAGAGGACGAAUAUGUCCAUGGUUAAACCAAGAAAAACAGAGUUAUUUCUAGAUGACAAUGGACAAGGCAUGAGACCUAUGCCUGGCAGGCAGCUGGUACAUCCUGGCCAAAAGGAGAAGAAGAAGCCACCAGUAACAAAAAUUGACACGAAAAGAACUAGGAUGGAUCGUGGGGAACUGGAAAAAAACCUAUUCAAGCUUUUUGAGAGGCAGCCGAAUUGGUCACUAAAGCAGUUAAUGCAAGAAACUAACCAGCCUGAGCAAUUCCUAAAGGAGAUACUGAACACGCUCUGUGUCUACAACAAGCGAGGGUCAAAUCAAGGGACCCAUGAGCUCAAGCCUGAAUACAAGAAGUAUACAGGGGGCAACCCCACUAAUUGA